AUGUGGUGUAUUUUCUGGUGGUUACUGUAUCCCCUUUCAUUUCUGCUUCUUUUCUACCUUCUCCGCCGUCAAUGGGAGCGUCUCGUCGUCGAUGAUCUUCCUCAUCGUCCUGUUCUCAUCACGGGCUGUGAUUCUGGUUUUGGGUAUGGGCUUGCAGUGAAAUGUGUGGCAAAUGGGAUGCCGGUAUUUGCAGGGUGUCGAACCGAGGAGGGUAUCCGCCGUCUCCAGCGAGAAAUUGGCGGUGGUGAAAGGGGGCGUGGCCUAUUGUCGGCAUUUCUUCUCGAUGUGACAAAUGGGGACAGCGUCGAAAAAGCUGUCGAAUAUGUCGCUAAAAAUGCAGAAAAACACGGCGGUCUAUACGGCAUCGUGAAUAAUGCGGGAAUCGUCGGCCAUUCAUUUUACGAUGAUUUUCUAACGAUUGACGAUUAUCGCGAAACGCUUGAGGUGAAUUUGUUCGGUGUUGUGCGCGUGACGAAGGCCUUCGUCCCGCAGCUCAGAAAAACAAAGGGUCGAAUCGUGAAUAUGGCAUCGAUGUGUGCCAGAUUGGGUCUGCCGGGGAUUGGACCAUAUACUGUCUCGAAACAUGGAGUUUCUGCCUAUAGUGAUUGUAUACGCCAAGAACUCCGUAUCUGGGGAAUCUCAGUGCACGUCAUUGAACCCGGCUUCUUCAAAACACCAUUGAUAUCUGAAGAGGCGCUCGAUCAACAAAUGCAUAAGGUGUGGGACGGAUGUCGUGAGGACGUCAAACAGGCUUAUGGGAGGGAAUUCUUCGAUAGAGCUAGCGAAGUGACGAAGGAAAUGAUCGGAUUAGUGGCAUCGGGUGAUGUACAGUGGGUAAUCGAUACCUAUUUCCAUGCCCUAACCGCCAAAUUCCCCCGCAGACGAUAUCAAGUCGGAUGGGAUCAUAUUUUAUUUUUCCUUCCUCUGUCAAUCCUUCCGGCCGGGCUGUCGGAUGGUGUCCUUCGGAUUAUGGAAUAUUUCUCGGGGGCCCCCGUGCCCAGAGAUGUCAUUUUGGGGCAGAGA